UAUCAUUUUGCAGUCAGAAAACCUUUCGCUGGCGUUGGACAUCGCAUUCAAUUUUGUAUGGUGACAUCAUAUGCUUUUUCUACUGAUUGAUCAAACACUCAAGAUGAAGCAAACCAUUAACCAAUACAGCUACUGCACACUAUUCAAGAUGGUGUUGAUUCGGGUAUUGAUCGCAGCAGUGUGUAACAUCUACUGUAUAAAUCAAGUAUGUUGCUACAAUAUUGAAGAUGUUUAUUUACAUGGCAUUGAGAAGGCAAGUAAAGGGCACACCGACCUCCCAAACACUGUACCAAUUGAAACAUUUUUAGAAAGCAAAUAUUGUGAACAAAGAGGUGAAAAUAGCAAGGUGAUAUUUGAGGAAAGAAGUUCAAUGUAUCCCAAAUUGUUGUCUGAAAAUGGAAGCACAAACCCAGAUUCCUUAUCCCUAAAUAUUGAACCUCUGAAAUAUGGAAAACUGUUACGUACAGACACUUCUGACAAUGUACAUAUCGCAUGCCUAACUGCUAACAAAACUGGAACUCUUAUACGACAAUCAAGAAGACAACGACAGCAUGACCACCAUUAUAACACUCCUCACGUUAAUAUGACAACCAACAGCCACUGUGUAGAGAAAGAAACUCCCGUUAUUUUGACCUGCAACGUUGACACAAGAUUGAGAUUGAAAGGUAAUGUGUCUUAUCUUCAACCAUGGCAUAUCAAAUGGGUACAAAAUACUUCAAUGUUGGUUGAUACCAAAAUGUUUCUCCAGUCUACAAAGCAAUUUGGAAUGGGACAAUGGAAAAGUCAGCUGACAAUUACGAACAUGUCAUAUGAACACGAAGGGAGAUAUAUGUGUGUGGUGAUCUUUAAAUGCGAGUGGAUGACUAGUAGGACAGUAUAUUUAGCUAUAUCCAAGCAGUUGUAUGGACCAGAUUUGAAAUUUGCAGCCCUUAACUACCCUAAAUGGCCACAGCCAAAUGUAAGUCAUCCUAUGAAAACCUCAUUUACUGUUGAAGUGAAUAGUAUAUAUGGAAUUAUGGUAGGAUUUCAUGGGCCUGACCUAUUAGAAGUUAAGCACAACAGAUUCAAGUAUGGAAGGUUCUAUGAGAUGCAAAUUACAUGCUUGUCUUCUUUAGGUUUUCAUGGUACUUGGGUGUUCAGCAAAGCAUUUUAUUGUCCAAGUCACAGAGUGCAUCUCUCUCUUAAGUUCACCAAUCUAUAUAACAAUGGGCUGUUUAUUAUUUACCUUGCCAUACCAAAACUUAAACUAGAAUCUUCGGAGAAAAGCAUCAGCAAUCUACAUCAAUAUUCUGAGGGUUUAUCUGGUAUCAUAACACCUCCUUUAUCACCUGUUCCUAUUAUUUCUGGUGGGGAGAAUGUGACACACAAGGCAACAAUUUCAAUUCCACAGGGUCACUAUGUUGACAUAAUGGUUCUGCAAAACCCAAGAAAAUGUGCCAAAUGUGAUAUCAGAAUACUACAUGGUACAGAUACAACAACCAUCAAUGGAAAUGAAACUGUCAAACACCAGUACCAAUAUGGUACCAAUACCACAAACUGUGACAUUGAAGUUGUUGCGAUGUGUACUUAUUCAAAAUUCUGUGUUACUGAUAGAAUGUUGUUUUAUAUCACUUGGGAGGAAAUUCAUGUGUAUGGUCAUGGUCUUUUAAAGGAAUCAGAUAAAUACAUUGAGGGUACCAUUGGUAGUUUCUUAUAUGUAAAUAUCCUUAUGAUGUGUUUGUCUCAUAUCAUCAUGAUGAUAUCAACUUUGCUUUCAACUUAGUCACAAAAAUUGAAAAAUGGGGGCUUACUACACACGUGGCGGAUAGAGAUUUCAUUCCUGGUAAAUCCAUCUCUGCAAAUAUCACUAAUGCCAUAUACAGCUCAAGGCGAACAAUUUUGAUUGUUUCACAGAAGUUCCUGAAAAGUAACUGGUGUAAGUUGGAAUUUCGGCUCGCAGUUCAGGCAGCAACUGAGUCGUAUCUUGACAGAGUGAUUCUGAUACGUUUAGAUAAAUGUGACAUUCCAAAUGAAAUGAAACUUAUCCAAACAUAUCUUGACCACUAUGACAGGCAUUUUAGAAAAAACUUUGACAAUAGACUACAGAGUGCAUUAAUUGGUCUGGAAAAAAAUGAUGUUGAAAUCUUAGAUGGGGUUGUUACAAGUU